AUGACCAGCAAGGCCAACAAGAACUUUUUCAAAAACUUCACCCCCGUGCUUGUCCGGGACAAGCCACUUCCUGGCCAUACCUCAUCCAGCACCGAGAUCAUCCUCAUCUCCAUCAACGUCACGGGUAGCCGUUUGGUGGCGUCCAGAACCGACAAGUCGUUGAGGAUAUGGCGGUGCUUGCCCGACCGGGCCUCCGACCCCAUUAUCAUCGAAGACGCACACACCCGGUCAGUGGAGCUGGUGUCGUGGAACCCCCAGACAGAACACUCAUUUGCAUCCGUGGGCCGAGACGAGCACAUCAAAAUAUGGAAAGGUCUUACAGGCACCUUGGAGAGGCAGAUCAAGGUGGAAAAGGGCUUGGGGCAGGCCGAUGGGGCCUGCUUGAAGAUCGUGGCCUACUCCAACGAUGGCAAGGUGCUUGCUGUUGUGGACAGAGACUCCACGGUGUUAGUAUACUCCGUGGAGCAGAACUACCAGAAGGUGGCCGAGUUCAAGAUCGACGAACACAUCUAUGACUUAAAGUGGUUUAAUUAUAACCACGGGUACUUUGUUUUGGCGUUGAACGACGGCACCUUGCCGGUGUACGCCCUCGAGGACGAAGGCUGGAAAAUCAGCUUGAAAUCGACCUUGACAGGCCACCGUUCGGCAGCCACCACGGUGUCGGUGGAUCCCAGGGGGGCCUUUGUUGCGGUAGGGUCCAACGAGGGUACGCUCAGCAUCUGGAACACCGCCACCAUGCUUAACACUAGGGUGAUAACUGGCGUGGACGAGGCAAUUGCUUGUGUGGACGCCUCGCGAGACGGAACUUACAUUACCGCAUCGUACGAUCGAGGCUCCAACACUCGGGUGUUCGAGGUGGAGUCGGGGGAGGAGGUGUACGAGGUGCAAAACAGCGCGUCGGGCCAGCUGACAUUUGCGUCCGUGGUGUGGUUUCCCAAUAAGACUGCUUUUGCGUACAGCAGCGACCAUGGCACCACCAUUGCAUUGACCAAGAAACCGUCUAGCUAG